GUUGGUGUGUCAACAGAUUGUAGACUCGUGACUCGGUGAAAUAUAGCAUAUAGAUCGAUCCGGCCUUCUUAUCGCUACGAACAGUAAACUAGUUAAGCUGAGUCGGGGCCUAGCUUGGUAGACCGAUAUGAAAAUGGCCUUUGAAAGGACACAAAUCAAUUUAUAUCGACAGUGUAGCAUGUGCAACGGUAGACUAUCGUUUCUGGUCAUAGGAUAUGUAUAAAGAUUUGAACAACAUGAAGAAAACCUUUGCAUCAAUAUCUACUCAAACACCAGACCCUGAGGUUGAAGAAUUCCAAUCAAAAUUGCCAACAUGUAAAAACUGUGGAGUGCAUGAGUAUCAUUUGGACAUUAGUCAUAAGCCCCUUAGUAACCAGUCCUUCCAGAACCGUCCAGUGUAUCUACCAGGUGUUGCUAGUGUUAGAAGAGCCUUCAGCUUUCCUCGUGAUUAUGAAAAUGUUUGGAGCACCAACAUUGCUAAUUCUGAAAAUUCUUCCCGUUUUCAAACCCGGAAGAAAGAUAGUGAUUCAACAUGUGAAGAAAACUUGAGAAAGAAAGAUUUUGAUGCCGAUAGCUUAAUGAAUGUGGAUUUUAAUUUAUUCAAGUUAUCUGAUCAGAAAUCAGCAACAAAUCAAGCUAUAAUGUGCAAUAACAAACGGAAUAUUCAAUCAAGUGGACCCCCUCCAUAUAGUCGGUAUUAUGAACGGCGCUCGUCUGAUACCCGAGAAUACUUUUCCCAAUGGACAUCUGAAGGGCAUAGCGAUUUCCAAGAAUAUAUUCCACAGCUGGAAAAUGUUGCGUAUGGCCCCGUUGUUAUGACCCAGUUGGAUCACAGUGAGGGGGACGGUCUUCAUUAUGUGGAUUCAGAGUCUGAGGAAGAGGAUGACAUUCACGAACACAAUGAACAUGAUAGUGAUGUGUUCAGCAUUCUGGAGGUGGGGAUCGAAGCAGGGCAGAGCCGCGAGCAACUACUAUCAGACGGUUCCAUUAAUGCAGAUAUCUUCAAUGACAUUGAUACGUAUAUGACUCUUAUUGUUGGUGGGGCUGCUGGGCAAAAUCCUGACUUGCAAUCAAGUACACCACCCCCAUUGUUCCGGCGAGGCCAUGCUGAGAUAUCCAGCUGCCAAGUGUGCUUUUGUGUAGAAUCACUACAUGUCCGUGUGUGCUGUGGUUUACCAGUUUGUGAUCAGUGUUUGAAAGAAUACUUUACCACUCAAGUGAAACAGCGCAUUGUGAAAAUAUCUUGCCCAGAUUCUGCCUGCAAGGCUUUUGUGUGCCGUGAAGAAAUAUCAUACUUCCUUGAGCCGGAGUUUAGAGACAAGUUUUACCGUUUCUUGCUCGAGGCAAACUCUGAUCCAAACACUAAAACUUGCCCACGAUGUAAUCAUUUGACUUCCUUAAAGACAGAUGGUGCUAAGAAUUCACCAGAUAGUUUUUCAGCAGUUACUUGUGAAGAGUGUAAUCUUGAAUGGUGUUUCCCUUGCCACGCCCCAUGGCAUAAGGAAUUAACAUGUAAAGAAUGGAGAAGAGGAGAUCGGAUGCUGAAGCAAUGGGCCAAAGAAUGGAGCUUUGGACAACAAAAUGCCCACAGGUGCCCUAAGUGCAAGGUGCUAAUUCAGAGAGUGACAGGCUGUGAUCACAUGACAUGUUCGCAUUGCAAAACUGAGUUCUGUUACCAAUGUGGGGAACGUUUCCGAGGCAUGAAGUUCUUUGGUGAUCAUUACUCACGUUACAGUGUGUUCGGCUGCAAGUAUCGCUUCAAGCCUCAUGAUCCCAUGGAGAGACGUGCUGUUCGAGGUGCAGUACUAGGGUGCCAGAUUCUUGCAGCUCCUGUUUGUCUAGGACUUGUAGUAGGUGCCGGUGGCCUAGUACUGACAUGCAGUGCAAUAGCCCUACCAGUCUAUGGGGGAUUCAAGCUUCACCAGUAUAUCAAGGCCAACAAGAGACGACGUAGACUACAGAAGUUUCUUCAAGCUAAGAAACAGCAACAACAACAACAACAACCACAACAACAGCAGCAACAAAGCCAACAACAGUAUCAGCAACAACAGCAACAGCAUCAUCAACAACAGAAUUCAAUACAGGGUAUACAUCAUUUCUUUUGAAGAUUAAGUGUUAAAUUGGAAUGCACGUUAAUUGUUCAAUACAUGUCAUGUAUAUGAAUAAAGCUUAAUUAAAAGUUUCUUUAGAUCUAAUGAAUCUUGUAUAUAAAAUUGAUAUGAUGAAAUAUUGAAAUAUGUAUUGCCUGUAAUAUCAUGAAUAUAGAGUAAAAGUCUAAUAGUACUACUCUAAAUAUGAGCAUAUGUUGAUUGGUCUACAAUAUUCUAGACAUAUCCCACACACAGACACGCCAUUUCACCACACUCCUCGUACACCCCAUCAAAAGACUCAUAACCUUUGCUCUAUGCUUUAUUUUUAAUUAUACUCAGAGCCAUUGAAAGGUAGAACUUAGAAGUUAUUAAUAUGGACUUCCCCCAUUACCUCAUAUUCUUGGGGAAGAUGGAAGUGCUAGGGGACACUCCUCAGUCAUUAUGAUAGAGGGAUAAAAAAAGGCAUUUAUGAACACCCCUCCCAUUUCCAUAGGGUACACUCCUACCCCUUCCUUGGUGUAAACGCACUCUUCAGAGAUAACAUGAAGAGACAAUGUAGCCCUAUAUUCUCAUGGGAUAGAAUGUUCACUGCCUCACUCUCUUGGGAUGAAGGGGGAGUGGGGACACUUUACUUUAUUUCUAAAGAUGAGAGAGUUCCCAGCACCUCAGUAUUGGUCUCACAAGGAAGUUGUAUACAGUUAUACAAGAAUUAGCAUUUCUAAGUCCAUAUACAUGUACGAUGUAUUUAAUCAAAAACAGCUUCUAGUUUGAGGUUCUGAUGGAGUUUGUCCCCAUAUACUCCCAUCAUUACUAGAUGGUCAUGCUAGGUAAUUGGAAUUUAACAUCAAAAAAUUUGAUUCAAUACAGUGAGUAAUUGUAAUAAGAUUUAAUAUUAACAAUUCAGAAUCUUGCAUUUAUAGCUUUGAACAAUAUCAUAAACGGAACACUAUGUUGAUAGGUAUCAUAUUUGCUUUUCAAUAUUACGGAAGCUAAAUAAAUAUUACUAGCAAUAUAACAGUAAUUUGAACAUGUAAAUAUGUGUAAUGGAUUAUGAAUAUCAUAUCAAAUGUGAAUAUUUAUUUCAGCUUAUGGAUAUUAAUUGCAAUCUGUGAAUAUUUAUAUCAGCUUAUAAAUAUUUAUAGCAACAUGUAAAUAUUUAUAUUGUGAUUUAUGAUGAGAACUAUCUUUCUUGUUAGCAAUGAUAACUUGAUAGAAUUGAAAAUUAAUGCAUUGACUCUCAUUUAAGAGUUAUUGAGACAUUCUUUUGAUGAUCCAAACAGUAACCAUGGCAAUGAUUGUUUCAAAAUGUGCGGAGCAUAAGCAUGGAGUUAUAAAAAAUUUAAAUAAAUUUAUGAAAUAAAUAAUAUUAUAUUACCAUACAAAAACAACCAUAAUUCAGGUUAUAAACAUUAUACACUGUAUUUAUUGUCUGUUGAAGUUUACUUUAAGCCUUCAUGAGUUCAAAGUUCAACAAAUUGGUGAAGGCUUGCAGUAUCUUCAGUACCUAGUAGCUCACCUGUAAAAUGGUAUAGUUCACUAUCCCAGAAAACAUUUAUGUAAUGAUUGUUAUGAAAGACUUGGAAUGAUCACAUAAAGGACUACACUUCGCCCAGGCAAACCAUUACUAUCAGUGGAAUUCUGUUCCGCUUUCUUUUUGCAAUUCGCUACUUUUACUUUCUAAUUUAAAAAAAAAAACAUUAAUGUGUUAUCUUUACCUUAUUGUCCUCAAAUUUCUGUUACAUACUAUGGACAAUUAGGAACAAACUUUCCAACUGUAUUAGUAUUUUCUUUAUUUUUCUAAAUUCAACAAUUAAUUAUCACUUAAGCCCUUUGGUCAUUAGUUAAGAUUCCGACUUGGAAACAGCCAAUAAAUCAUGUUAUGAAUAUUUAUGUUUGAUCUCAAUCAUGGAUUUUUUUUUCUUAUAUAAAUAUUGUAAUUCUGAUAUGAAAGGUAGCAUUCAUUAUGUGUUUUUAUGCUAUGAGGUAUGCUGCAGGUAUUUUAUUUAUCAAUGUGCAGACUAAUGACUUUUGAAUGGCCUCUAGGCAUGGAAACUCAUAUAGCAUUUCAGUUGUAUGGCUUCUUGUACACCUCACUGCAACUUUAAUGAGCAUCCAAGAAACAUUAUGACGGCAAUGCAUUAUUGCUUAGAAGAUGUUGACUUCAUGAAAUGGAUUUCUUAUGCAAGUUCAGGUGACAGGGGAUUGGUGCUUACAAUUUGUACAAGAAGAGAAUAACAUACUGAUGAAUUCCAAUAACAAUCAUGAUACUCGGCUAUCUUGAAGGUAAAUUUAUGAACUGGAAACUGUUUUUUUAAUACGUUUGGUUUCCUGCUGGACUUAAUAACUGACCACAGAAUUGAUUACAAAAAUUUAAAAUUGUAUUACUUAAAGCCAAAUAUUUGUUUAAAAAACAUGUGACCAGGUGAAUCUUCCUUCAAGGAAUAAACAGUAUUUUUUUUCAUAUAUUUUUUUGACAGAUUAAAAUGUAUUAACAGUUACACAAAUUAUGACAAUAAGGAAAUGAUGAGAGAGAUACAAAUGUAAGACAGACAAUCACAAUAGUCAACUAAAUCAUGGAUACUUUUCUACCUGGACUUUUCAAAUUAAAUAUAAACAUAAAUAUAUUCCUUCAAGGAAUAAAUAGUUUUUUUUUUUUCUUAUAUUUUUUUUUUUGUUGGCAGUUAAAAUGUAUUACCAGUCACACAAAUAUAUGAUGGGAUACAAAUGUAAGACAGAUAGUGAACUAAAUCAUGGAUACUUUCCUACCAGGACUUUUCCAAUUGAAUAUAAACAUAAAUAUUUCACAAAAAUAUUGAAGUUAUUAUGUACAGUAUGUGUUAAAAAUUAAUGUUGAUACAAAAAAUAUAAAAAUAUUGAGAUUUAAUAUAUGAGGAUACAUUUUUAAUAUUACAUAUUAUUCUAUUUUCCAAAUGAAAUUAAAUUAGUCUUAUUUUUUAUGCAAUACACUUUUUUACACAUUGUUUUAAUAUAUUAUUAUACAAUUAUCAUUUACUGAAUUAACCUUAUUGUUUGAUUUAUACGACCCCAAAUGUCAAUGACUCACUACUUAUAAGAUUUAGAAAUAAAUCGUAUAUAGACAGAAGAUUUUAUUUUAAUUGUAAGGAGAAAAUCAUGGCGUUUGGAGGAUUAAGAGAUUGGAGUUUGCAUUUGACCAGGUUUAUAUUGUGAAGUGCAUGUACAAGAAUGUAAAAUAAAUUGUUAUGAAAUAAUGGACCAUCUCGCUUAAGCACUACCCCUUGAAUUGUAUUGCCAAGGUCCUAAAAACUAGCAUAAACAUAUAAACAUGUGUUUGUGGAAGAUGUGCAUAUUCCUGGCUUUAUUCUGAUUGGUUAGUUUGAUGGAUACUCCAGAAAGAUCCAUUAUACAACUUUCAUGCGUGGAAGCAUGUGACACAGUGGUAAAGGCUGUGCUUUCAAUUAGAGGAUAUGAGUUCAAAUCUUACAUUAUUCACAUUGCUUGAAACUACCAGACACUAUUUGCAUUUAUCUCUUGCCCUGGAGUAUAAAUGACUGCCUGGUAGCAGGUGAAUGAUUCGGAAUGGAAUUAGUCUGGUGUUUGCCUGACUGAAAAUGCUCCGAAUGUCCAAUGAAGACAGAAACUAAAAGGAGAAAUGCACUACGUAUGUAAACAACUAUAAUUGUUAUGCUUAAUGCAUCUUCUGGUUGGAACUAUUGAUACUGUGUAUCAAAUUUUAUAAAGCAUACCCACAUUUUGACAAUUUCUCAACGGUUUUUAUCAACUUUUUAAAAGUACAGUAAUGUUUGUAAUAAAAAAAAACCAGUAGUUCACAGUUCAAUAUGUAAAGUUACAGUCUCAUGUUUUCAUAUUAUGGUGGCUCAUUUAAAUAUUCAAAUGAGGUCUUCAUGCCAUAUUUAAUGUAUGUCAUUUAGAUCAUAUCUAUACGCUUCUAUUCAAGAUGUUUUGUACAUGCAUAUAUAAGGACAGAUCACAUAGACAAUUGAUUCUUUGUAAUAAGCGAACCAAAACAACUUCACAGAUGGUGUUAAUAUUAAAUGAAAGCUAUAACAUG